AUGGGCCCGCCUACAAUGCCUGCAUCCGCCUACAAGAAGCGACCGCAUACGCCUACCAUCAAGACUGGGGGGCCGUCUUUUGCUGCCAAUGGAUUGCCACCCGGUGCGACAGAUCCGCGCAUGAUCCAGGCCAUCACUCAGACGAUGAUUGGCGAAUAUCUGUGGAAGUACACUCGCAAGACUGGGCGCGAAGGCAUGUCUGAGAACCGUCACCGGCGUUUCUUCUGGAUUCAUCCUUACACUAGGACACUGUACUGGAGCGACCGAGACCCUCAGAGUGCCGAUAAGACGACAUUGAAGGCUAAGAGCGUAGCCAUCGAAUCUGUUCAAGAAGUCGACGACCCUAACCCUCUACCUCCUGGGCUUCACCAGAAAAGCUUGCUUGUCGUCACACCUGGUCGAUCGAUGAAGUUCACGGCUACAACAGGUCAGAGGCACGAGACGUGGUAUAACGCUCUGAAUUAUCUGUGCCAACGGGUCGACGAGAACGAUCAGCAAAAGUCGCCAACGAAGUCUGAUCAAGACCAGAAGGCAGCUACCGCAGAUGAGAUCCAAGACGAGUUCAAUGGCGGGUAUCGCAGCUCUUCUCGGCAAACAGGCCGUUCAAGAGGCUCGAUGUCCUCAUACGUUACCCGGCGCACAUCAUCUCGCGAUUAUGGCCAAGUGCCCACGAUUCGACAGUCGCAUGUUACACCACAUCGUGCAACCUCGACCGAGCCGCUGGCGCAUGGAUCUGUUUCCAGCCGAAUCAACAGCAUGCUCCGACCCAGCGUCACUGCUUUACGCGGAUCCUUCACUAGUCGGCGAAACAGCAGGACCAGCGCUACAGAGUCGGCCACGUACGAGGAACCCAGCGCGUCCAACAUGGAUCUCAGUCGUGAUAUCCAUGACCAUGUUGAACGUGAUCAGGACUUCAUGCCUAACGUCCGAGCAUGCUGCGAUGGUAAGACCCCUUGA